CCGCGUUGUGAGUCGAUUGCCUAAUUGUGGCCGCUAAAGAAGCACAUUAUCCACACCGAAAUGAAUCCAUGCCAAAGAAAAUAUAUCCAUAUAAAGAUAGAAUUAUAAAGUCAGAACUAUUUCUCGUAGGGAACGGAAGAUAAACAUGGCAGUUUCAUCGCUCACAUUGAGCUUUGCCUCAACAGCCUUAACGAACAGGCUAUACGUGCGUGAUUCAACAUACAUCGCAUUGUCUUCACGGCAUAUUAGUGCGUGCUCAAGCAACACGUCUUCUGAUGAAGCAGAAGCUAGUUUAAAUGUUUCAGGAAAAUUUAAAAGGAGGACAAUUGCGAUUGGAAUAGGAGCCCUGUCGUUGAAUUUGUUCCCAGCAUGUCCACUUUUGGCAGAAGGAAUACCAGAGAACUAUGAAGCCUUUAUCGACAAAAUAGAUGGCUAUUCAUACUAUUAUCCCUCAGAUUGGAGAGAAUUUGACUUCAGAGGUCAUGAUUCUGCAUUUAAAGACAGAUAUCUCCAACUGCAAAAUGUUAGAUUGAGUUUUAUACCAACAGAUAAAACAGAUAUCCAUGAUUUGGGCCCAAUGGAAGAGGUUGUCUUAAAUCUUGUAAGAAAUGUUUACUCGGCACCAACUCAGGUAGAAAAAAUAGUGGAUAUGCAAGAGAAAACAAUUGAUGGUAGAACCUAUUGCACCUUUGAGUACAUACUUACAUCUCCUAAUUUUUCUCGAGCAGCUUUCGCAACAAUAGCAAUUGGGAAUGGAAGAUACUAUACUUUGAUCGUUGGAGCAAACGAAAGACGGUGGAGACGAGUCAGGAACAAACUUAAGGUGGUGGCUGAUUCUUUCAAGGUGCUGGACAUUUAAGUCCUCUGCAAGUGGAAUAAAAAAAUAGCAACUCAUAAAGUAGCCCAGCUCCUUACAUUUGAUCCUUCUUGCCCAGAGAAUGCACUUUGCUCUAUUUCCAGUAAUUAGAGAAGCAGAGGUUUAUUCUUCAAGGAUGCACUUGGAUUGCUCUGCAAAGACAUGUUGCCAUCAAACAAAUGUACAAAAUUUUUUAUUAUCAACUUACUCACAAAAUGAGAAUACUCUUAACAGACAAAUUGUCAGUGUAUGCUAGUAUUCCCUAUUUUUUGUGUACGCGAGACACGACUAUUUAUAAGAGUUUAGAAAUUGCUUAUGCAGGAAAUUUCUGUGGAA